CAGGCCGAAAUGAGCUGAUCGCCCGCUAUAUUAAGCUGAGAACAGGGAAAACGCGCACAAGGAAACAGGUAUCUAGUCACAUCCAAGUCCUGGCAAGGCGAAAAGCUCGAGAGAUCCAAGCCAAACUCAAGGAUCAGGCUGCUAAAGAUAAAGCCAUGCAAAGUAUGGCUACAAUGUCAUCUGCCCAGAUUAUCUCUGCAACAGCCAUCCAUAGUAAAAUGGGCUUGCCUGGUCUCCCACGACCAGCCUAUCCUGCUGUUUCUGGGUUUUGGCAAGGAGCUUUGCCAGGCCAAGCCGGAUCUUCCCAAGAUGUGAAACCUUUUUCUCAACAACCCUAUGCUGUUCAGCUUCCAUUACCAGGGUUUGAGCCUCCUACUGGUCUCUCACCAUCCCCAUCAGCACCAGCUUGGCAAGGACGAAGGGUUGCUAGCUCCAAACUGUGGAUGUUAGAAUUCUCUGCAUUCUUGGAACAACAACAAGACCAAGACACAUAUAACAAACAUCUAUUUGUGCACAUUGGGCAGUCAAGCCCCAGCUACAAUGACCCCUACCUCGAGGCAGUGGAUAUCCGGCAGAUCUAUGACAAGUUCCCUGAGAAGAAAGGGGGUCUGAAGGAGCUCUUUGAAAAAGGGCCAGCUAAUGCCUUCUUCCUUGUCAAAUUCUGGGCUGACUUGAACACCAAAAUCGAAGAUGAAUCCGGAUCUUUCUAUGGCGUUUCCAGCCAAUAUGAGAGCCCUGAAAACAUGGUCAUUACCUGUUCCACUAAAGUAUGCUCCUUUGGAAAGCAGGUGGUGGAGAAAGUGGAGACUGAGUAUGCACGCUAUGAAAAUGGACACUAUUCCUAUCGCAUCCACCGCUCCCCUCUGUGUGAAUACAUGAUUAACUUCAUCCAUAAACUUAAGCACCUCCCUGAGAAGUAUAUGAUGAACAGUGUGCUGGAGAACUUUACUAUCUUACAGGUUGUGACAAACAGGGACACACAAGAGACCUUGCUGUGCAUAGCAUAUGUUUUUGAGGUGUCAACUAGUGACCACGGUGCCCAGCAUCACAUCUACCGACUGGUGAAGGACUAGACUCUCUGCCCCAAGUCAUCCAUGGGAUAUAUGCCUGAGGAAAAGCUGAUGCUUGAACACCCCAACCCCCCAAUAUCAAAUCAAAAAAUAAACUGCAGAUAUUGUGUAUUUUCAGAAAAGCA